AGGAAUAUGUUAAUGUAGUUAGAAGAGAUUUAAACAAAAUUCCCAGUUCAAUUUCUAUAAGAAUAAUCUUGAAAGGGUUGAGUAUAUUUGUGGGGUGGGAAAUGGAUCCCUUUAGGGGCUUUGAAUUUUGUAUUGGAUUUGAAGCACAGUAAGCUAGAGAAGCCGUUAAAAGCAACUGCCCUUUCAAAACCUUCUCCCUCCAAAACUCCCUGUCUUUCUUCUAUGCAGCAAAGAAACACACCCAAGAACACAGCCACACACUCCCAGAAGAAGAAUUGCACCUAUCUACGAUGAAGAAAGCACUAGCUCUCUUCAGCCGCAAGAAAGCCUGUCGCCCAUUCAAGGACUACUACGCUCAAUGGAUCCAUGCCCUCAACAGCACUCUUCUUCCACUUCUUCGCCGCGCCAUGCUGUCCUCUUCUCCCAGUAAUCUCUCCACCCACGUGGAGAUGGUUCACCACCAUUUUCAGGCCUACUACGAAGCCCUUGACCUCGCCGCCUCCAACGAUGUUGCACAACUGCUCUACCCCGAAUGGCGUAAUUCCCUCGAGAAGCCUUUCCUAUGGCUCGGCGACUUCCACCCCUACCUCUUCACCAACCUGCUCCGAUCAUUCCUCGAUGAUGGUGAUGACGACGAUGAUGAUGGUGACCAUGAAGUUGGAGAGACUUGUAGUUUCUGCGACACACCAUGGCAGAUUUUGAUGGCCUGGAAGAAUCCUUCAGAAACCCUGAUGGCCCGGAUCGAGCAAAUCGAGUGUGCUUUAAGGCUUAUGGUUCCAGCGCUUGUGGCUCGGGUGAGGAAUGCACAGUUGGGGCUAUUUGAUCGGGUUGCAACUGACUGGGGGCUGUUUCAGGGGAAAAGAGAGGGGGCUAAAGCGGUGAUUGGAAAGGCAGUAAUGGGUCAGAUGGAUGAGAUGCUGGGAGUGUUCUUGGAUGCCAAUAGGCUCAGAAAGAGCGUUCUUGCAGAGAUCAUCGGCGAAACGAAUGUUUAUCAGGCCGGCUCUGUUUCUUGA